AUGUCGUGGUUUUUUCAAUCGAAAAUUGCAAAAUCCCACUUUUACGUGUGGUAUUUAGGAUCGAAAGAAGCGGAUGGAGUGAGAGGAAGUGCAGUUGUUCUACCAGUCAUGAGACAACUUUUGAAAGAAAGCUUCAAAAAAACGCCUAGCAAAGCAACUGUACAGAUAUCUUCAAAAGGCCUCAAACUUAUUCAAUCUGUUCCAGCAAUGUCCAGAAGUGGAAAAGUGAAAAUGCAAUUAGUCAAAUUUCAAAUAGCAGCUAACUGUAUCACUUACAGUAUCACCGGUAAACCUCCGUUCGAUGACGUCGUUGGUGUUGUUAUGUUGGUAUUGAAUCCAGAAAUGCAAUCUCCAAUGCAUGUUCACUGUUAUCGAUGUGAUAGUGCUGAGACUGCACAAAUAAUGUUGGCCAAUUUACAGCUUCUUCUCUCUCGACCUGAUGUUCAACGAUCUAUUAAUGAUUUGGAACAUCGAUUAUUUUUAUCCGGAUUACUGGUUCCACGAAACAAUAACAACAAUAGUGAAAGCUCUUUCAAUCCAAAUCGUCCGCAGAGAAGUUGCUCCCAAUCAAGGAGUGUAAGUAGAUCGACGGCUGGAUUUGAUGAGAGAUCAUCUCCUUUGGAAAAGGGAAAAAUAAGUAGAACAGAUGAUUUUGAUAUACCUCCUCGUCGACAAGCGCCCACAAUUUCAAGAAGAGUUGUCGAUGAAUUGAAAAAUAGAAUAAUUGGAGAAUCUCGAUUGAUGAAUUUAGGACGAAGUAGAGAGAGUUCACUGACACGAUACGAAUCUGAAAAACGAGCAUCACUUUCUGAAUUGCCAAUUGAAACGGAUUCUUCUCGGUAUAGAAUGUUUGGAGAUACAAUGCUCAGAGAUACGAAAAAUAAAUCGAGAAGUUUAGACGAUUUAGCCGCAGACCCGCUUGUUUCAACAAACCUUCGAGGCGGUGUUGCGCCACCUUCACCGCCCCGUCGAUUCCCUCGUUCCGAAUAUGUUGCUGACCCUUUUGGACACAAUUCAUACGAACGGACCAACACUUUAGAAGGGUUUUGGAAACAAAAAAUGCGCCGCUCCAGCAGUAUCAAACUCGAUUUUUAG